UGCAACGUCAAGAGUGAACACAAAGAACGAACAAGACUGCAGGUCUGGAACUGACUGGGAGGGAGUCCACCACCUCACCUCCCAUCUCCUCCACAAAACGAAAGGAAGGCGCGCAGAGAGAAUGAAGCCAACCACAAAACGAAAUGAUGAGAAAUGCGAUUUGUAGUAGCGGAUCAAAUUACUUAUUACUCUAAGCAAGUAUUUAGACUACAGUACUGAGACAGACAGACAGACAGACAGACGGACAGACGGAGCCGUCACAGAGCUGGAGCUGGGUAUAAUAUAUAUAUAUAUAUAUAUAUAUAUAUUGGUUUGUUUCUUAGGGUAGGUAGCUUAAGCUUAGGUAGGAGUGUCUGCAGAGCAGGCAGGGGUGAGGAACUCAGGGAGAGGGUUUGGAAAGAAUUGGAAUUUGGAAUUGGAUGGCAGCACAAGGAGGAACAACGUUGGAGCACACGCCGACAUGGGUGGUGGCUUUGGUGUGUAGUGUCAUAGUGCUCAUAUCCCUAGCCCUCGAGAGAAUCCUUCACUACACUGGCAAGUAUCUCAAGAAACAGAACCAGAAACCUCUGUUUGAGGCCCUGCAGAAGAUCAAAGAAGAGUUGAUGCUUUUGGGGUUUAUAUCACUGCUGCUGACGGUGUGCCAAGAUCGUAUAGCCAAAAUCUGUAUAACGGAGAAACAGGCUAGUCAAUGGCUGCCUUGUAAGAAAGAAAAACAAGAGACCACUACUAGUACUACUGCCCAUUUCCAGACCUUGUUUACUACUUCCUUUCUUCCCUGGACUACUACUACUGCCCGUCGCCUUCUUGCUGACGACUCUGAUUCUGCUGGCCACCACUGUCCGGAGGGGAAGGUCCCAUUGUUAUCCACCACUGCAUUGCAUCAUCUUCAUAUCUUCAUCUUUGUGCUGGCUGUGGUGCAUGUGACUUUCUGUGUUCUAACCAUUCUUUUUGGAGGGGCAAAGAUACGUCAAUGGAAACAUUGGGAGGAUUCUAUCGCAAAAAAGGAGUACAACCCAGAAGAAGUUUUGACAAAGAAGUUCACGCACGUUCAAGAUCAUGACUUUAUCAGGGGUCGUUUUCUUGGUAUUGGAAAGAAUUCAGCUUUUCUAGGCUGGUUGCAUGCGUUUUUCAAGCAAUUUUAUGGGUCUGUGACCAAAACAGAUUAUAUGACAAUGCGAUUAGGCUUCAUCAGCACCCAUUGCAGGGGGAAUCCAAAUUUUAAUUUCCACAAGUACAUGAUACGUGCCCUUGAAGCAGAUUUUAAGAGAGUCGUUGGAAUAAGUUGGUAUCUUUGGAUCUUUGUGGUCAUCUUCUUGUUGCUGAAUGUCUCGGGUUGGCAUGCCUAUUUCUGGAUAGCAUUCAUUCCGUUCAUUCUUUUACUUGCUGUUGGCACUAAGUUGGAGCAUGUAAUUACCCAACUGGCCCAUGAGGUUGCUGAGAAACACAUUGCAAUCGAAGGGGACUUGGUUGUUCAACCUUCAGAUGAUCACUUCUGGUUCCACAGGCCCAGACUGGUUCUCUUACUGAUUCAAAUCAUCUUGUUCCAAAAUUCUUUUGAACUGGCAUUUUUCUUCUGGAUAUGGGUUCAAUAUUCAUUUGAUUCCUGCAUAAUGGGGCAAGUUGGUUAUAUCAUCCCAAGACUUGUUAUUGGAGCAUUCAUUCAGUUCGUCUGCAGUUACAGUACUUUGCCAUUGUACGCAAUUGUCACACAGAUGGGAAGUUCAUUCAAGAAGGCUAUAUUUGAAGAACAUAUACAAGAGGGGCUUGUUGGCUGGGCUCGGUCGGCUAAAAAGAACAAGGCGUUGAGAAGGGCUGCUAAUGGUUCUUCUUCUAGCCAAGGAGGUCCCAAAGAGGCUUCUCAGACAGUUCAAUUGGCUCAAGUAGCAGGAAAUAAGGAAUCUUCACGAGAAGAUGAUCACAAUACAGGAGAAAUUGAGCCUGAAUUGCCACUCAAAAAUCAAAAUGAAAAACCUCCUGGUCUCACUCAAACUAGUCUUACUAGUAAACUUCAAUAGAAUCAAGAUAGCAAGUGGAAGUAAAUCUUUGUUAUAAAUUAUAUAGCAAGAAUGAUAUGCCGACUUUAUACAUUCGUAUCUUCAACGUUUAUG